CGUGAUUUGUAACGGCAGGGUUUUGACAGUCAACAUCUGGUUUUGAGCCAAAUGUUGCAGCUACAUUUCCAUAAUCACAAUUAAUUGUCAGCGGGUUUCCCAUCCGCUUCCCGCAUAGAAAGCUCGUGUGCGUCUGCGCCACAGACGACAGUCCGCUGGCUCAUGUCAGAGCUUCUUCUCCCGCUGAUUCACGAAAAAAAUUGCACAAUUCCGUUGCCCAUUGGGCGGAAUCCUCCAAGACCCUGACACGAAGAGAGUGGCGUUUGCUGAAAUCAUAGGCGUGGUUCUGGAUGAAGAUGCUCCGUCUGCUCCCGCUGGGAUCCCCACCUGCCCUCACACCGCGUUUGUCACCGAGCCAGCUGGAAUAUUCCUGAGCUUCAAGACUCCACAGCAAGCGUCACAUUAUAUAUUUAUUAUUAUUGCUUUUGUCUCGGAGGGUUUAGAUUUCUUUUCGUCUGGAGGUUCGGUGUAAUUACGGCGCUGUGGGCGCACGGGUCGCCCGGUUUUAUCACCUCCAGAGCGGCGGUGGCGCACGGAGAUAAACAAGAGCGGACAUUCGCGUGGCCUCCAGGCAGAAGCGGCUGCAGCAGCGGUGGGAGAGGAACCACAGCAGACACCCUGGUUCAUGUGUAGGGCUGUUCGACGCGCAAGUUGUGCCCGCUGCGGAUCUCAAGGAUGGAACAUACACACAAGAUACCCAGCAGACCGCUCUGGCUCGGCUUACUUGUGGUGGCGUCAGUUAUACUUCUAGUGGACAGCAGGAGACCCAAGCCGCCUCGCUGUCCCUUAGUGUGUACAUGUUCCAAAGAUAACGCGCUGUGCGAAAGCGCAGGACUCAUCCCUCGCAGCUUUCCCCGAGAUAUCACAUCUUUAUCAUUUGUCAAGUCUGAAUUCACUGAAAUUCCGAAAGAGAGCUUCAUCCUCACGCCUGCUCUGCAUCUCCUCCUCUUCACAGCCAACAACCUGGAAUCUAUAAAUGAGGAUGCAUUCAUUGGUCUUCCUCACCUAGAAUAUCUAUUCAUUGAAAACAACCAAAUCAAUUCGAUAUCAGCGCAUGCUUUUCGUGGACUGAAAACCUUAGUGCACCUGAGUCUGGCCUACAAUAAUCUUGAGACGCUGCCCAAAGAUUUGUUCAAGGGUCUUGAGGCCUUGACAAAAGUAGACUUGAGGGGGAACCAGUUCAACUGUGACUGCAAACUCAAAUGGCUGGUGGAGUGGAUAUACAGCACCAAUGCCACCGUGGAUCAGAUUUACUGUAAAGGCCCGGCCUCGCAGCUUGACAAAAAGAUCAACGACCUCCUGCCACAGUCAUUCGACUGCAUCACCACAGAGUUUGAAUCCUACCAGUCGAUGGAUUUUAACUCCAUAUCAGUGGAAGCAUUUUCUUUUGGGAAUGACCAGUACGUUGUGUUCGCUCAGCCCUUCAGUGGGAAGUGCAGCUUUCUAGAGUGGGAUCACGUGGAGAUGGUCUUCAGAAACUUUGAUUUUAUUGAGAGUACAUCCACGGUGGUCUGCAAACCCCUGGUCAUUGACAACCAGCUUUUUAUCAUUGUGGCUCAGCUGUUUGGUGGCUCGCACAUCUACAAGCGUGACACGUCCGCUAACAAAUUCAUCAAGCUCCAAGGCAUCGACAUCCUGCGAAUCCGCAAACCAAACGACGUUGAGACGUUCCGCAUCGAUGGCGAAUUCUUCUUCAUCAUAGCAGACAGCUCCAAGGCCGGGUCCACCACCAUUUACAAGUGGAACGGCAAUGGUUUCUACUGGCAUCAGUCCCUCCACCAGUGGUAUCGGGACACCGAUGUGGAGUACAUGGAGAUCUCCUCCAAGCCUCACCUGAUCCUGUCCAGCAGCUCCCAGAGGCCCGUCAUCUACCAGUGGAACAAAAGCACCAAGAUGUUUGACAGGCGCACCGACAUCCCAGAGAUGGAGGAUGUUUACGCUGUGAAGCAUUUCCAGGUCAAAAGCGACCUGUAUAUCUGCCUGACGCGCUUCAUUGGUGACUCCAAAGUGAUGCGCUGGGACGGGGCCCUCUUUAGGGAAUUGCAGACCAUGCCUUCUCGUGGCUCCAUGGUAUUCCAGCCCUUCGCUGUGGGAAACUGGCAAUACGCCAUCCUUGGCAGCGAUUACUCGUUCACCCAGGUUUACCGCUGGGAUGCCAAGAAGGGCGAAUUUGUUCGAUUUCAGGAGCUGAACAUACAGGCACCGAGGGCCUUCUCUCCAGUUUCCAUAGACAACCGUCAAUUCCUGCUGGCCUCCAGUUUCAAAGGGAAAACUCAGAUCUAUGAGCACCGGAUCAUCGAUCUGAGCAACUGAGCUAAUUUUUCUUCUGUUGCAGAUUGGUUGGUGGGUGAAUUUUGUGAUUUUUUUUUUUGUCUAGACAGCAGGCUGUUGCAGCAGAUGCAGUGCUGAACAACUCAGAAAGCGUUGAUCCUAACUUGAGAACAGCAGCCAUUACUCCUACUGAUUUUAAAACUCUUCUAGUUAAAUUAGUGCACAGUAGAUUAAAGGAUAAAUGUAUGCAUCUCAACCAAGCAUAUGUCCGAGAUGCAUUUUGAGUCCAGUGCAUGCACCUCAAGUUAGGAUUAGACCGCAUAUGUUGUCAAGUCAUUAAUGCAUGACCAGGACCUUACACAGGCCGUCCCAUCCCAAUAAAUGCAGAUCCAUGUUCACUAAUACAUCUAACACUGGCCAGUAACUUUUUAAUUUUUAAUGUGUGUUCAGCCUUUUGUGUCACUCAAUGUUUAUACAUUUCUAAUGUCAUAUAUUUAUCCACAGAAACAAAUUAAAUUGUACUUUUUAACCUAUUAACAUGUUUAACUGAAGAAAUCUGCCAAAAUGAAAUGUUUACAUUUUUCCUGUCUUUCCAUUUGUAAAUGAAGCUUUUAAGAGUUUUUAAGAGUUUACCAACGACCGCAACAGAUUAUUAUUAGAUAAUUGUUGGAGAAUGAUUUGAAAUGAUGCCUUUGAUUUGGAAAAUAUCAAAGGUUAGAGUCUACUUGUAUAUCCUUGCAGCUUAUGCUUUUAUUGUAAUAGUUUGUAUAAUGUUUAAAGUAUUGAAAAUACAGCUGUUCACAACUGGGAACUAUUGAAGGUAUUUUCAACCAUUUUUGGGCACUGAAAUGAAGGAGGACAUUUGUCAUAAUGCUUUACCUUUGACUAAUGUGACUAACUGUGUCAUAAUUAGGAUUGAUAUCAUGCAAUUUAGAGUCAAUAAAGCGUAACAUUUCAUCGGAGCUCCCUG